GAAGAUGAAUCUUUUCGACAAGUUUUACCGUCUGAGAGUCAUCGUAAAGAAUUAAAACGGAAACAGAGUGAUGAUAGUUUUAUGCAAGAUGAUGGUAAGAAUUGUCAACUAUCUCUAGGAGACGUGUCAAUGUCCUCUCUAUUUGUAGGGGGCGACACUUUCAGUAAAUUUACGGCCGAUAUGGUCAGACAGAUGAUGAAAGAAGAGGAACUUCGUGCCCAGCAUCAGGCUGCCAUGUUGAGAAUCAGAGAGACAGCACUGAAGAAGAAAGCUGAAACUGAGUUGUCAUGGUUACGACAACAGAAGCGCCAUCUACGUGACAAAGGAGCAGACGACGUCCAUCCCCAGAUUAAAAAGAAAGAGAAGAUUGUUCUAAGAGAACUUCAUGAGAAACAGGAUGAAAUUCGGCGCCUACAGGAAGCUAAUCUGCAGACUAGCCGAGAACGACAGAAUGUUUUAAAACAACAGGAAGCUAUUGCUAAAGCUCAUCAGAAAAAGGUA